UAUGGAAAUUUAUAAAAAAUUUUGAUCCAGCAGAAAAAAGUCAUAAACAAUACAAAAAGAGGAACUAAAUAAAUUUCGAUUGACCGCUUUUCUGUCAAACGCUUCUCUGUAUUCGACACGAGAUGAUCUGUCUUGAAACUCGACAUUUUAACAUCCACAGAAUUCUAUUGCUUGUCAUGGGUUUGUGGCCUUUUUACCAACGAUCGCCAAUUGUUCAACUUCAGUUAAUUUUAAUUCUUGGCAUUGUGAUCAGUUUUAUUAUAUCCCAAUUCGCAACAUUGCUAACAUCAAAAUGUACUCCAGAAAUCAUUCACAAGAUUUUAUCUACUUCAUUAUUUUGCGUCUGUGGUGUGAUCAAAUACAAUUCGUUUUGGAUGAACGCCGAAACUGUAAGAGUGUUAUUAAUCAAUUAUACAUUAGCGAUAAGUGGUAUCUUUAAAUAUUAAACUUAAAUAAAUCAAAUUUUCAUAUUCUUUAUCUAUUAGGAUUUCGAGUUAAUCCGGUUAUUCCUAAUUUUAUUUCAUGAUUAUCUUUUCGAUUUGAUUUUCUAUCCUAUUAUAACUA